AUGAGGGCCGAAGCAUGUCGGAGGGACCCUGACAAGUAUUGCCAAUACUACCGUACCCAUGGCCACAACACUAACAAUUGUUACCAGCUGAUCAGUGAGAUUAAGAGACUGAUAAAAAGGGGACACCUCCGGAACUUUGUGAAGAAGCCUGAAGGAGAAAGACCCCAGCUGAACCCCACCGCAGAAAGGCCCCACAGACAAAGGGCAGACCCAGUGAAUGACUAUUCCAGUGGAACCAUUAACAUGAUUGUUGAGGGGACUGGAGGCCGGAUGAGCAGGAGGGGGAGGAAGAGGAGCCGAGAUGGGGAGGGGAGCAGUAGCGAGGUUCUGCAAGUAGUAGAGCACUCCUCAGCAAUCAUCUCUUUCUCCCCUGAGGAUGCCCAUGGCAUUCAGAUGCCUCAUGACGAAGCCCUUGUCAUUGAGGCCGUCAUCCACAAUUACCGAGUCAGGAAGAUCCUGGUCGAUGAUGGAAGCAAGGUGAAUCUACUACCAUACAGGGUCUUCCAACAGAUGGGGAUACCCGAGGAGCAGCUGAUGAGGGAUCAAGCCCCGGUGAAGGGAAUUGGUGGAACCCCAGUGGCUGUGGAAGGAAAGGUAAAGGUGGCUUUGACUCUGGGAGAGCCACCCCUGUCUCGGACUCACUACGCAGUGUUCUUGGUAGUGAAGCUCCUUUUGAGCUACAACGCGAUAUUGGGAAGGCCUGUGCUAUAUGACUUUGAGGUGGUGACCAACAUCAGGUACCUGACCAUGAAAUUUCCAGCAGAGACAGGGGUGGGAGUAGUCCGGGGACGUCAAGAAGAAGCAAGGGAAGUAUACUUGGCCAAUAGUGAUAGAAUCAAGCUCAACAGAUGA